AUGGCUUCAACCGAUAUCCCUCAGCCCAUCCAAUCUCCUUCUACAUCCAACAAUCCAUUCUUCACAGACUCAAACAAAAUGGCUUCAUCCGAUACUCCCCAAUACACCCAGACUUUAUCCCAAAGCUCCGCUUUCAAAGUCGACUUCACGUGGAAGAAGUGGAAGGGCAUCGUCUCCGACGUCAACAAUCCUUCAGACCCCUUAUACACUAUCCAUUAUUCCCCAUUCAGUCUCGCAGCCAACAUGGUUUUCAAAAAGGCCCCCGAGGAGGAAGUCAUCGGAAUUGGAAAGCUGAAUGCGGUCUCCAUCAACGCCGACUACGAACUGCGCGGACAAAAGGCCCACCUUCUAGCCCAGAAACGCUGGCGUACGGUCUACACCCACCGCUCACUCAACUUCUCUGACACCGAAUCUCCUGUCACAAUGACAUGGACCAGCGAUUGCGGGUUUAAGACCUGGGACUUUGUCUGUGUCGAUGAGGAGCAGAUGCCCGUGGCAAAAUUCUCUGCCAAUGCCUGGGGUGUCACCAAAAUUGGCAAGAUCGAGUUCAUGGGUCCCAAGGCAGAUGAUAGAGCUGCACAAGAGGAGAUUAUGGUUACGGGGAUUACGUUGUUCUAUUGCAUGAUGCUUCGCUGUAACAACAUUUUCAAUCUCUUCGGGGCUAUCUUUGCUCGACCGGGGCACAAGCAGCAUAUUGAGCCUCAGCACAAAGCUAUUAUAAGCGAGUAG